UUGCCGUCGACGCAUUCGGAACGUUUACAAACGCGCAUCGUACAAAAAUUAAUCGACUGUAAAAUCAUCCCAAAGAUAAAUUCAAAUAACAGUUUAAAUCAAAACUAUACAAAUUUUUCAACAUGUUCAGCUCGUUUACAGCCUCCCUGAAGAGCUUUGGCGAUAAGACUGCCAAUUUGUUCAGCAAGAAGAAGGAUGAGGCCGAGAAGCUGGCAAACGAAAAGGCAGCCGAGGCACAGAAACUGGCUGAGGAGCAGGCCAAGAAGGUCGGACAAUCAGUGCAGCAGACCAAGAAUGAGGCCGAGCAGCUGGCAACCAGCACAGCCAAGGAUGCUGCCGCUUUGGCCGCUGCCGAGGCACAGAAGGCUGGCCAAGUGAUUGACCAGGGCGUCAAUCGCGCUGCCGGCGCCGUCAAUCAAACCAAACAGGCUGUGGACAACACCGUCAAUCAGGCCAGUGCCGCUGUCCAGAACUCCAAGCAGGUGGCCGCCAAUGUGGCGGAGGCCUCUAAAAACGCUGCUGCCAAUGCUGUCGACCAGACCAAGAAGGCGGCCAACGAGGCGAUCAACAAGAGCGUCAAGGCCGCUGAGUCUGUGGCCGAUCAGAAGCUGAAGCAGGCCGAGAACGCCAUCGAUGGCGCCUUGAAGCAGACCAGUCAGGCUGUCGACCAGAAGCUGAACGAGGCCAACCAGUACGUGGACCAGAAGCGCGAAGGGCUCGAGAAGAACAUCCAGGAGGCGACGAGCCAGGCACAAGAGAGCGCCGGACAGCAGGCCUCCCAGCUGCUGGGCAAGCUGCAUCUGGGCCCCAAGUAGAAGUUGCCCCAUCCCCCCUUCUAAAAACGAACAAAAGAAAAUAACGUAAACAAUUUCGUCUGUGUGUAAACCAAGAAAAUGCUUUAACAGAAUCAAAAUGAAAAA